AUGACUUAUCGCAAGAGGGUUCGAGCUACUGCUGAAACAGAUGCUACUGGAUCGGCAUCAAAGUCGCUACCUUCACGUACCUCAUCUUUGAGUGAAGCUGCAUCACAACCAACAAAAAAGCAUGCUACUCAAUCACAACCAUCUCAGGUUCCUAAGUCUGUUAUAUUUGGACCAUUCUCUCCACCGGGUACAACUACAUCGAUGGUUGCACCUCCAUGUUCGAGUACUGCAAAAAGUGUGCAGCAAACUAUAAGGAAAACACCACCUACUGGAUCAGCAUCAAAUUCACUCGAGGCAUCAACUAAAAAUAAAAUUCCACCUAAGAUUACUUCCAAGAUUUCAAUUCAACCUAAUAUCCCACCUUCAAAACCACUUAAAUACCCUUCUACUUCCUCCGGUCAGAUCCCACCUAAUAUGCCACCUCAUGUGCCGCCUUCUAGUCAUACUAAAACAUCAGCAAGAGAUUCUCAAUCACAACAAAAAAGUGUUCAAGAACCAAAGGAGAACUCAACAAAAUCGAAGUCCUUACGGGAAUAUCCGGAUUGGCGCGAAAAUGUAGAUUUUGAUGACAAGGAAGAGGUUAUGACCAUUGAUGCUAAGGGUAAUAUUGGAGUGGCGAGUGGUCCUAUUCAGGCAAUCGAUGUCUGGAGUAACAACGGCGUCAGGUACUAUGUUGAAUUCAAUGACUUAUGUCAACCGCUUAGGAAAGGUGGACAGAUCCUGGUCAAAUUCAUUGGUAGCCUUGCAAAGAUGGAGCCUUACUGUCCAGUUGGAGAAACGGAUUGGAAAGAUGUCGAUGGGGCUUUAAAAGGAAAAUUGAUAGACGAGAUAAAAUUUAAUCUGAAAUCUAAUAUGCCUUUGAUACCUGGUGUUUGUUAG